AUGUGUUGCCUUCAGCGUGUAGUUGACACAAAGCCACUGCUUCAAAGCAAACAUGGCUCGGAAUUGCUGGGUGAAGGUGUUAAAUCAGAUCCUCGCCCGCUUCCACCUGCAGGUGGUGUGAAGCAAACCGAAGAAAAGGUCCACCAGGACCUGCUGGGUGUGGCGACGACAACGACACGUGCGUUGUUUCGUUCCCUACGCAAUCAAACACAUCAUCUGCAACGUAGCUCACUGUACAAAAUACUCACGAACACCACGCAACCGAGUCACGCGAUCUCGGCGAUUGUUGUGUCCAUGGUUCUGGUGGCGUUGUGGCCAAAUUUGAUCAUCUCCCGAAGUGGCGACGGUGACACCCAACAGUGCUUUGUGGGAAAUGCAGCAGAAGUACGAACCAGCAGCAAUGCUCUCACACAGAUUGCUUACCUUGGUUCCUUCACCAUCCACUUUGGGGCGCAGAUUUGGAUGACCUUUGUAUCGGGUCUCGCGCUGUACUUUUCCCUACCACGCCACACGUUCGGCUUAAUACAGGAGGUGCUUUUCCCGAAGUACUUCACGCUGGGUACCAGCUUGAGCACGAUCAGUUUGGUUAGUUUCGUGGAGCUGCGGCGUAGCACCAAACCUGAGCUAGCUGUAAGAAGCCUCGCCUACUGGGAUUCAGCCGAUCUGCUCCAAAUCGUGGCCCUCGCACUGACCGCCGCUCUGGAGCUGUUCGUACGGCUCUAUCUUGCACCUCCCAUGUUACGUUUGAUGCACGAAAAGCACCGUAUCGAGGCUCAGGCCAGCGUAGGACAGGAAGUUGGACAAUUUGAUGGAGCUGGAAAUGGGUGGUUGGAGCGUUCGCGCCACUACAAGGCGACACACAAGAAGUUCCGUCAGAUUCAUAUGACCACUGCCAUCCUUAACAUGAUCUCGCUCAGCUGUACGUGUGUACAUUUGCUUUACCUCGCAGCACGAAUGACCAUCUAA